AGCAGUCCUGGCAGACAAGGACAGCUGAGCAUACCCUGCCCCUGCAGCACAUGGCACAUCAACCAGCACAUUGCCUGCAGAACCAGCACAUGGCACUGUAACCAGCCUGCCUGUGUACCCAGCUCUCUGCUCCUACCAUCCAGCUCCCUGGUUGUAUCAGCAGCAGCACAUGGCACCAUAAGCAGCCCCAGUGUGUGAGCUUCCUGUCCAGGGUUGUGUUUCUCAGCAGCUUCCAGCUAGAAUGUCAUAUUCCUAGAGAGCUCCAGCCUGCUGCUAUCUGUGCACCCUUCUCUCCAAACAUGAUGUCUCAUGGAGUGGUGGAUGUGUGUGUCCAGGAUGUGCAGAAGAGGAGGAACCCCUCCAAACAUUAUGUUUAUAUCAUAAAGGUAACCUGGUUGGAUUCCACACAACAGGUCAUCUACCGAAGAUACAGCAAGUUCUUUGACCUUCAGAUGCAAGUUUUGGAUAAGUUUCCUAUUGAAGCAGGACAGAAAGAUCCAAAGCAAAGAAUAAUACCAUUUCUCCCAGGUAAAAUAUUGUUCCGGAGGAGCCAUAUUCGUGAUGUAGCUGUGAAAAGACUUAAGCCCAUUGAUGAGUAUUGCAGGGCUUUAGUUAAAUUACCGACACAUAUAUCACGAUGUGAAGAGGUCUUAAGGUUCUUUGAAGCCCGACCUGAAGAUCUGGAUCCACCAAAAGAGGAUUAUGGCUCUUCAAAGCGUAAAUCAGGUGCUGAUGCCAACUCUGAAUCCAUGAUCCUGGAACAAUACGUUGUGGUGUCCAACUACGAGAAGCAAGAAAACUCCGAGAUCAGUCUGAAAACUGGGGAGCUCGUGGACGUCAUAGAGAAAAAUGAAAGCGGCUGGUGGUUUGUAAGCACGGCAGAGGAGCAAGGUUGGGUUCCUGCCACUUACUUGGAUUGUCAGAGUGGUACCAAAGAUGAUUCUGAAAUCAACAACUCGAAAUCUGGAGAUGUAACUAAGAGGCGCAAGGCUCAUCUACGGCGCUUGGACCGGCGUUGGACGCUGGGCGGCAUAGUCAACAGGCAACAAAGCCGAGAAGAAAAAUAUGUUACCACACAAUCCUACACUAGCCAAUCAAAAGAUGAAAUUGGAUUUGAGAAAGGCGUCACCGUGGAGGUCAUCCAAAAGAACCUGGAGGGCUGGUGGUACAUAAGGUACCAAGGUAUAGAAGGCUGGGCUCCUGCAUCAUACUUAAAGAAGGCUAAAGAUGACCUACCAUGUCGAAAGAAAAAUAUUGCCGGGCCUGUGGAGAUUAUAGGGAAUAUCAUGGAAAUUAGUAAUCUCCUCAAUAAGAAAUCCAACGAAAAGGAGGCUCAGGCAGGGAAUGAAGCUGAAGAGCCUCAUAUCAGCAAGAAAGAGAUUAGUCUGCCAAUCCUCUGCAAUGACUCUAACGGCAACUCAAUGGUGACAUCUGAGAAACCAACACCCAGAGCCACCCCGGGGUCUCCGGCAGUAGCAAGAAUAGCUCCCCAGAGAUCUGAAAUAAGCUCUCCAAACCUUAGAAUGAAGCCACCACCCCGGAGAGAAUCUAGCCUGGGAUUUCAGUUGCCAAAACCUCCGGAGCCUCCAUCAGUUGAAGUGGAGUAUUACACAAUUGCAGAGUUCCAGUCUUGCAUAUCUGACGGGAUAAGUUUUCGAGGAGGUCAAAAGGCUGAUGUCAUUGAAAAGAAUUCUGGUGGAUGGUGGUAUGUCCAGAUUGGAGAAAAGGAAGGAUGGGCCCCAUGUUCAUAUAUUGAUAAAAGAAAGAAACCAAACCUAAACCGUAGGACAAGCACAUUAACAAGACCAAAGGUCCCCCCACCUGCACCACCUACAAAACCUAAAGAUGCAGAAGAAGUGUCAGCCACUCGUCAUAGCUGCACUAUGGACUCCAAAGAUUCACCAGUAAAUCAAAUAUAUGAGGAGCCAGAAUAUGAUGUCCCAGCUUUUGGCUGUGAUCCAGAAUCUGAUGCAAAUGACUCCUUUUCUCAGAGCAAUUUUGCUGAUGAAAUUGUAGAAAGUAUGUUCCAGCCUUCCAAACCUUCUCCUGUUUCUACUCUCCAAAGAGCAAAAUUUCAAGUUGGAGAAUCCUGUGAAAAUGUCAGCAAUGAAGAAGAGACUAUCUAUGAAAAUGAUGGUUUCAGACCAUAUGUGGAUGACACAGCAUCAAACAAAGAGUCAAGCGGAGAUUCUGAUUCUCUGAAGAGUUCAUCAUUGGUGCCAAGAAACUCUCCAUCUGGAACCCUUUCUAAACCACCACUUUUAAAAAAUAAAUCAGAAAGAAAUGUCCAGCAGGAAACCACUAAAAAUGUUUCCUUCUCAACGAAUGAACAGAAAAAACCCAGGUCUGUAUCUGAUGUUGGUUUGCGAUCCGUGCCAAAGGUUGGAGCAAAGAAGGAUUCUGAGCAAAAACCUGGAGUCAUUCCUUCAACCAAAGCAAAGCCAUCAGUUAGACCAAAACCCUUCAUAAGUAAAACUGAUGGUCAAAGCCAGGAAAAAAUGGACAUUAGCACUUUGCGAAGACAACUAAGGCCAACGGGACAGCUUCGAAGUGGACUUAAAGGUUCUAAAAGUGAAGAAUCAGAAAAUAUUCCGAAGAGUGCAUCAGAGGAUAUUGAAAGUCCACCAAGAAGAAGCUCCGUGGAUAAUCCUUCAAGUUCUUCACAAUCAUUUAUAUGUCCAAGUGAUAAAGACAAAUCUGAGGAUAGUAAUGAGAAAAUAUUUUGUACUGCCACAAGCACCUAUCAAAAAGUUCUGGAUACGGAAAUUAGCUUUCCAGCAGGAGCAAAAGUAGAAGUCGUGGAGAAACUCGAAAGUGGUUGGUGGUAUAUAAGAUACAAAGAUUCAGAAGGUUGGGCACCAUCACAUUACUUAGACCAAGUAGAUAAUAAGCAAUGGGAAACCUCAGCACCUGAGCCUGAAUCUAUGAAAUGUAAAAAGAGUGAAAAUAAAUCAAACAGCCUGGAAAAGAUAGAAAAAAGAGUGCAAGCAUUAAAUACUAUUAACCAAAGCAAAAGAACAACACCUCCAGUUCCCUCAAGGCCGCCUGUAGGAUUCUUGAAACCUACAGGGCAAAGUAGUAACGUUGUAAAGUUAAGAAAUGGAAUAAAACAAAUUGCGGUAAGACCCCAGUCUGUAUUCGUUUCCCCACCACCCAAGGAAAACAACAUUGCUUGUCAUCUGCGUAGAAAUGAAUCGCUGUCUGCUACAGAUAAUAUGAGGUCUGUUCGAAGAAAUUCUUCCUUUAACACUGUCCGCUCUCAGGUAAAUGAGUCAAAAUUCAAACCUACUGAUAAAACAGAAGCGGAUACAACUCAGAUGGAAACAUCUUUAAGAUCUCCUCAAAGAAAUGGGAUCCCAGUGUCUACUGUUCGACCAAAACCCAUUGAGAAGUCCCAGUUUAUCCACAACAACCUUAAAGAUAUAUACGUCUCUAUUGCGGACUAUGACGGAGAUGAUGAAACUGUUGGAUUUCAAGAAGGGGUUUCUAUGGAAGUGUUGGAGAAAAACCCUAAUGGCUGGUGGUAUUGCCAUAUUCUUGAUAGCGCGAAACCAUUUAAAGGAUGGGUGCCUUCAAAUUAUUUAGAGAAAAAGAACUGAGAUAAAAAUAUGACAUAGACACCCUUGAGAUAUUUUCUUAAUUUAAAGAUUAGACUGAGCGUCCCUCUACUUGGAAAGCCAGCAAUAUGAUCCUCCAAGUGGGGGGGACGCAAUCUUCCUGUUUCUAUAAAACAGGUAUUAAAGAAGAAAUUUUCCCUGUGAAAAAAAUGUUUGGAAAUAACACAGGGCAUUAUAUUAUGAUCAAACAGUUAAAAAUGAAAACCACAUUUGUGUGCCUUCACUUCAUUAUCUGGAACACGAGAAAUGUCCCCAAAAAUCCAGGGAACUCCUAUUGGCACGAUCUGCAGAAUGCUAUGUCUGGGCUGCUUUUCCCUGAGGUCUUGUCUGUUUGCCAACAAGAAUAGACACUUAUUUUGUGUCUGAAAAAAAAUGUGUAACUCAAACAAGGAAUGCUAGACGUUGUAAUUAAUCGUUUCUAUCUGGUUUUUGACUUUAUAUCCCAUGUUCUAAUUUGUGUCCAAUUUUGCCUUUUGCAUGUUUAUCUGUGAAUGUUCAAAUUCGUAAAAUUGUGUAGAAAACCGAACCCUAGUUUUUUUUUUUUUACUUUCUAUUCAUUGACUAUUUAUAUAGCCGUUAGAUUUUCUCCUCUUAAGUUUCAAUACAUUCAGUGAAAUGGAAUAGUAUUUGGUGUGCAAGAUUCACAGUGAAUGCUUUAUAUGGACCCAAGUACGCAAUCCACAAAAGCAAAAAUAAUCGGCAAGGUUAAAAGGGUCCUAUACCUAGUU